UUCUAGAGGUGAGAUGAUGCGAGAAAAUGGAGAGGUUAAGGAGAUCGUAGAGGAGUCGACCCCAAUGGAUGAUGGUGUGUCCGAGAUGUGGUUACACUAUGGAGGAGUUCGAUAAAAACAUCAAUGAUACAGGGGAUGAACGACGUAGUCGAAGGUAAGAGGUAGAAGGGGAUUUAUGCCUCCGAGGCUGUAGAUGUUUAGAGAGGGCACGGAUGGGGGAAGAGAUGAGAGAAAGAUAUGGAAGGUAGAGGUGAGAUAGUAUCUAUAUAUCACCUAUGCCUUAGCCUUAGUUCUCAUCCUACUUUUUCCUGAUCGUCCUCCCUGAUCACCAUUAUCUCUAUCCUGAUCAUCAUUAUCCUCUUCCACUCAGGCUUUGGAUCAUACAUACUCUUAUCCAUAUACUCCACCAGUUCUACAUACUUCUCGGUGUCUCUCACAUAUCUUUCAUUCGUGUAUUUCUACAUCCUAUCAUCUCAUCAUCUCCCAUCUGUUUGUUGCUUUCUACUUUUAAGCCCCUUCAACACCUUACUCAGUACAACUAUCUCCCACUAUCCAACAACCAACAAAGCACCUCAAUCCUCAGCCAUGCCUACAACCAUGGACUCCUCCCAGGAGCCCGAACAACUUGACAUAGCAGCCUCUCUCUCCGAAAGCGCCGAAACUCGCCGAGAGCAGGCGGGCGCGAAGGCUGCCUUUGCUAGGAGCGUACUAGCGCUCCAAAACAACGCCUCACCGUCGAAACCCACCCACAUGCCUGAAACUACCAAAGCUCCUGAGAGCGGAGAGGCGGGAACAGCGCUCAAUGCGACUGAUAAAAGCCCAGGAUGUCAAGAUAAUUCUCAGGCAUACCAUACGUCCACUGCAGAUGUUCCCGAUAUUUCAGAUUAUGAGCUGAAUGAUGACCUCAACGCCCCUAUGGAUAUUGCACAGGCUCUUUCAGGAAUUAUAGGGAAUAGUGCGUCUGACUCCCAGCUUCCGCAUAAUGAAAUACCAGUUACUUCAACGUCGUCGGUGCAGGUUGAAGAUGCUAAGCCCGGUCCCUCCACUUGCCCAGCUGAUCCAGAAACCUUGGAGUGGCCGGACGAGAUGUCGGACUCCAUGGAUAACGACACGUCAGAGUUCGAUGCAAUUAAGUUCUGGUUUAAAGACCUGGCGAAUCCGACUAUAGAAGACAUAGUGAAAUACGAAGCGGCCAAGUUGCAGGAAAAGGCAAGGGAAACGAGGGUAUCAAACAGUGAAGCCCUUCGAUUACAGGACGACGAGUAUGACGAGUUUAUAAGGGAAGAGGAAGAGUCCGCCUUAUUUGUUACUCCUGAGCCCGCCCAAGAAAGUUCAUCUCGUGAGCAGCUACCCGAACAAAAUGAGACUACGCUCGCAACAGAGCCCGCAAAACAACUAAAGCAAACAAAGAGAAGGAACAGACAGAACAAGAUAUCUGCUGAAGAGAAACGAAGGAGCAUGCAGUUCGGGCUUGACGUUAUUCUUGGUAAAGUAGACAAGAAAAAGUCAGGAAAGAAGCGCAAUGCUAGCGGAAGCGGGCCAUCUGGUCCAGCCAAACGCCCUAGAAAAGGCAAAGAGCCCGAAUUCGACUUGGAAUCUCUCCUGAAAUCCAACAUCAUCGAGGAUGCACAUGCCAGUUCGGCGCUACCUGCGGCCCCGGCCUUUACUGAGAAAAACAAAGAGAAAGCACUCCUCCAGUUAAUCGCUGGAAUCCCAACUAAGGAGCAAGAACAGGCGAAAGACGAUAAGCGAAAGAUUUUGAAGGCGACCAAGAAGUUUAACAACAGUGCAAGAAGCGAUGGAAAGGGUGGCUGGAAAUUAAAGGGCAUGAAGACAAGCCUCUACAAUUACCAGGUCUUAGGUGCUAGCUUCAUGCGUGAUCGAGAGAAUUCAUCCCAGCCGCCAUAUGGAGGUCUCUUAUGUGAUACCAUGGGUUUCGGGAAAACGAUCCAGACACUUGCCAAUAUUGUCGAUGGGAGACCGCCUGACCCGACUGACCCUGUGAGAACGACAUUGAUUGUUGUGCCAUCGCAGCUUGUCUCACACUGGAUGACGCAACUGCAAAAACAUUGCGAAAUAGAUGCAAUAGGCGAAGUUCUUGUGUAUCGUGCAAACGCGAGAUACUUGACACUUGACGUUCCCAAGAGUAUCCAGAAGCACAACAUUGUGAUAACUACAUACGAUGAAGUUCGGAGAUCUUACCCCCAAUGCAAUAUCCCAAGUCAGAUUGCCGACAAAGAUAAACUUAUUGAGUGGUGGACGGAGACCUAUAAAAAUGACGUGGGCCCUCUACAUCAAAUCAAAUUCAGGAGGAUUAUCUUAGACGAAGCUCACAUCAUAAAAAAUCAUCUUUCACAGAUAUCUAUCGCUGUCCGUGCUCUCACGGGCCAUCACAAAUGGGUCCUCAGUGGAACGCCUGUGCAUAAUCGUGUAGAGGAAUUCUAUCCGCUCUUUGAUUUUCUCGGUGUUCCUCGCACCGGAACUUAUGAGAAUUUCUGGAAAUCAUACUGCAGGGAUGGGGAAGCCAACAAAUGCUUGGUUAAUCUCCUCCGAUCGUUCAUGUUUCGUCGAACGCAUUCCAGUCGGCUUUUCUCGUUGCCUAUCAUCAAGCUGCCUGAUAUUGACGAAAAGGUCGUACAAGCAGAAUUCUGUGAGGCCGAGAGGAUAAUGUACGAUGCUAUCAUCGAUGCAUUUUUCGAGAUAAUCAAUGGCUACGCCCAUGUGGAAAAUCCUAGAUUGAAGCAAUACCGAUGCUUCCUGACGAUGAUUUUAAAGCUGCGCAUGGUUUCCAGCCAUAUACUUACUGCGCAAGACAUAAUAAAAAAGCUUCUUUGCAAAGGAUUGAUUCGUGAGUUUAUCGACAUCUUGAAAGUGGAGAGAAGCCCCGAAAGUCCAUCCUCCAAUAUCAUACAAUGGAUCAGAGCAAUGAGAAAAGAGAUCGAAUUACCCGCAACUCCACAGACUCAAGGCUUCACGGGCCCUUGUGUAGAGGAGCUCCGUGGCGACAAGGAAGAGCUGACCAAACAGUUCAAAGCUUUCAUGACGACACUUCAUGAGAAUGAGCAGUGGAUAGAGAGGUUUGAAAGGGGAAGCUGCGCUUCCUGUGGAUUCAUGCCAACGAAUCCGGUGAUUACAUCCUGUAUGCAUCUGUAUUGUGAGGAAUGUUAUUAUCUUCUUUUAAAGGAAGGUGAAACACGGAUCUGCUCAAGUUGCAAUACAGGCAUUCGAGCAGCUGCGACGUGCCCUAUCUCGGAAGAUGGAGAAAUAGGGGAGUCAUCUUCUGCUCUCAUAGUCGAAGAGACGAGGAAGCAGAAGAAAUCACCUAAGAAGAGCAAGAAAAAGACACGAGGGAAUUUUGCGGGUGGCUUUUCGGCGGUUGUCACACACGGCAGAGAUCAACCCGAGGAUGAAGUAGAUGAAGACGAAGAGGUAGAUUGGAUUUCUGGGUGUGGUGGCGAAAUGACCAGUGCCAAAAUAGCGAAGAUACAAGAGAUCGUCAAGGGUUGGAUUGACGAGAACCCGGACGUGAAAAUUGUCAUAUUUACUCAGUUUGUUGAUUUCCUUCGGCUGCUCGGGUUUAUGUGCCAGAAACAGAGAUGGGGGGUCACUUGCUUGUACGGGAAAAUGAGCUUACCGGCUCGUGAGCAGAGCAUGGAAAAAUUCAAAGAUGAAAGAGAGGUACGGAUCUUGAUUGCCAGUCUCAUGGCUGGGGGAAUUGGACUCGACAUGUCCAUGGCGAACAAGUGUAUCCUCGUGGAUCUGUGGUGGAAUGAAGCUAUUCAAGAACAGGCCUUUUGUCGCCUCUACCGAAUCGGUCAGUCUAAGAAUGUGGAAUUUGUCAAGAUCACCAUCAAAGACUCAAUUGAUGAGUAUCUGUUGAAAAUGCAAACUCGCAAAACGGCCAAUCUUUCCGGUACUAUGGGGGAUGAUGUUUUGAAGGAUCGAGAUUCGAUCAUCGAUCUCAUGAAGAUGUUUUGGGGAACAGUCAUCGAAGAGCCAACAGGUGGACUUUCCAUUCAACGCAACCAUUAACGCAAACCUAGUGGCAUACUCUGCAGGUGAAUGUUUCUUUUCCGCAUUGACGUGAACUUGGCUAUCAUUUUCGUCCAAGCUCUAUUAGUUCUGAUAUUAUUGCUUUUUGGCUUUUUGAUGGCUGGUUUUCUAUUCCUAGUUCUGAUCAUGGUUGACAAUUGGUUUUGAUACUGCUAUUUACUGCUUGAAUUGGAAGUUUGAUGCCAUCAUUUUAAUAUCAUAUGAUCUGAAUUAGCUUUGAAUACACUUGGCCUUACUUCAUUGGCUAUCAUUUGAUUCAUUGUGAGGCUAUCUUUGACUAGUA